UGCUGGCGCACGGAGAGUCAGUCGACGGAAAGCUACAGUCGAAUGCGGAGGGUACGGCGUCCCUCACAAGCAGCGAGCCACGAUGAGCGGCUACCUUUGGAAUUUGAAUGCAAGCCAACAAGCAGCAUUAGGACAGUUUCGUAAGGCAGUCUCCGACGUGAGGAGGGCCUCGGAUACGGAUGCCUACCUGCUACGUUGGCUCAGGGCGCGAGACUUCGAUGUCACCAAGGCGAAGAAAAUGUAUUGUGACCACCUCCAGUGGCGAAAGGAGAACGGCGCGGACGACAUUCUGCACACCUACGAAAUACCUGAAAUACUGAAAGAGAACUUUCCCGGUUAUUUUUUGAACCCUUGCAAAGACGGACGCCCCAUGUGGAUAAUGCCAUGCGGAGUAAACGUCAACGCAAUGUUGAAGGCACUGAAUCCUGAGGUUAUCAAGCGCCAUGGCAUCUACCUACUGGAGUACAUGGCAUCAGUCUGCAGGAACUCCUCCCAAAAGGUGGGGCGAGAAAUUCACACCCACUAUGCGGUGGCUGACUUGGAUAAAGUGGUCCGUGGUCAUAUCUACUCCUGGCACGUGUUCAAGACUGCAGCCGCCUUAGUUAGGAUGGUGGAAGACAACUACCCGGAGUGCCUUGAGAAGGUCAUAGUCAUCAACGCACCAAGUUUCUAUUCUAUUCUGUGGAAAUAUGCGCGAAUGAUAUUGUCCGACAGAACGGCUGACAAGUUCGAAGUCUACGGUAAAGACGAUUGGAAAAAGCGCCUCCUGGAGAUCGCUGACGCGGACUCACUACCGGCCUGCUGGGGCGGAAACAUGGUGGGACCCAACGGCGACCCUAGGUGCAGGCACAAGGUGAACUAUGGUGGUCGGUUCGAAGAGGCCGAGACGUAAUCUGUGUUCGACGAGAAAGACGCCCCGCUCCAGACGAUCGGUCACCGGGAACGCUGGGAGCUUUCGGUCAACGUGGUUAAGCCAGGCGCACUGAUCAUCUGGCUCUUCAAGGCCGGCGACGUAGCCCUCGGUCUGCGCACGUUAAGCGGAAGAUCUCUCGUUCCCGUACAACGCCUCAAAGUCUGCAGCUACAUCCCGCGGGAGAGAAGUGGGCAGUGCAAUGCACCAGGAACACGUAAGAGACAUGCUCGAGUUUGACAACACGUAUGGCAAGACCUUGGCUUACGUAGCGAAUGUCGUAGCGCCGGAAGAGGUAUCUUGACGGGACGUAGCGAAAAGAAUUGUGUGUGUGACUUCAUGGGAAUAAAUAACAUUGUCAAAACGGC